GUGAGUUUCAGUGUAACCAAUCAAGCAACAUGAACUCCUUCGUAAUGAUGACCAGCUUCGUUCUCCUGGCCGUCCUCGGCAGCGGUAUCGCCGGUGUGAUAACUCCGGCUAUUUCGGCUCCGCUGGUUGCGGCAUCACCUGCAAUCGGGUACGCAAGGGCAGUGCCUUACAACAUCCCGCCGUACGCCUCGAGGGUCGACAUAAGCACCAGGAACCUGGCCGCACCCUACGUCGCAGCAGCUCCGGUCGUCGCCGCCCCCUACGUCGCAGCCCCCGCACUUCCGUACGCGGCCCUUCCGUCGGCUCCACUCGUCGCUGCACCGGGCGUUAUCCCCUCGGCCUACGCCGGAAGUCUGGCCGCCCCACUGGCUCACGCCUACGCAGCUCAGAGCGCCGCGAUCCUAGGGUGAAGAUCCGUGGAUCACAAAAGCUUCGGAUCAACGACCGCUUGCCAAGAACUCUGCACUGAACGAUUUUUAUUAUCUUCUUUGGCGUAAAUAAAAUGUUAAUUGAAAAAAGAAUUCUUACU